ACGGCGGACCUGGAGAUGGAAUGGGAUCAAGGCGGGCUGGUCAUUUUUGCCGGGGCCGCUCCGCAGUCGAUCUCUUCGAAUAACGUGCCGUUGGUAACGACGACGACGACGACGACGACGACGCGGUUUGGACGCCCGCAAGACACGCAGCCCUGUAAAUGGGUCAAGGCCGGCAUGGAGUUUUGCUCGGGGGCAGUCAACGUCUCGUCCGUGAGCGCCACCGCCGACGGAGCGGACUGGUGCCUUUCGCCGCUGAAUGUCCCGGAUCGAGGACCAUCGGCGAUCCAUUCGCUCCGCCUCAAACUCGAGCGCGUGGGCCAUUCGCUGUGGGUUUGGUAUCAGAUCCCCACGGGGUCUCCUUACGCGAUGGAACCGGGGGCGGUGGGCAGCACCUGGAAGAAGAUGCGCGAGGUGACCUGGUUCUUUUACGGGGUGGAAGACAAAUUCAUCCAUGUGGGUGUGUAUGCGAGUCGGCCGACGAGUAUAUCCCGCAGCGACACGGUCUGGGAUAUGAUGCAUCGGACGACGCUGAGCGGGUCGGGCCCCGGCGGUUCCGGGGAUAGUUUGGUGGUGGAAUUUGAGGAUCUGGAAAUCCUCUGAUGGGUCUGGAAUCCCGGGAU